UUGAAAGAUAGACGUGACUGUCAGACAAUCGGGACGGAGCAGCUGCCUCAGCGCCAUGGUUGUCCUGCAACAUGGCACAAAGUGACCAAUCCCGAGGGCGCUCUGGGUUCCCGCCCAAUAACAAGGCAGCGACCAAUCAGAUACACAUGGGAAACAACAGCAGCUCCACAGUGGAUGAUCUACAGGCUGUUGAGAUCCACCACUGGUACAAGAAAUUCAUGACAGAGUGUCCUUCUGGACAGCUGACGGAGCAUGAAUUUAAGCAGUUCUUUGGGCUUCGAGGGCUGGAUCCAGAGGCCAAUAAGUACAUCGAGCAGAUGUUCCGCACGUUUGAUAUGAACAAGGAUGGAUAUAUUGAUUUCAUGGAAUAUGUGGCUGCCCUCAGCCUCGUUCUCCGGGGGAAGAUGGAGCAGAAAUUGCGGUGGUAUUUCAAGCUCUAUGAUGUAGAUGGCAAUGGCUGUAUUGAUCGACAUGAACUGCUCAACAUCAUUAAGGCUAUUCGAGCUAUUAAUGGUGGUGACCAUGAAACUAGUGCAGAAGAGUUCACCAACCGAGUCUUCAACAGGAUUGAUGUGAACGGCGACGGUGAACUUUCUCUGGAUGAAUUUGUGGAGGGAGCAAGGAAAGAUGAGGAGUUCAUGGAGGUUAUGAUGAAAAGUUUGGACCUGUCACACAUUGUGGCCAUGAUAAACAACCGUCGGCAUAGUGUAUAAGUCAAGCUCGGAGAAAAUGCUGUGCCAAUAAGACAGAAGGGUGUAGAAACACAAAAAAGGAGAGACAUUUUUCAAAACAAAAUUUCCAUAAGCAUGAAUAUGGAAGUAGGAACAGAAAGACUGCUAUAUUUGUGUAUCUGAGUGCAUGUUUCUUUACAAAUACUGAAGCUUGGCCACAUAAAUGCAGGGCAGAUUCAGAAAAAUUGAAUCUGGGUGGCAGUAUUUGACUUGUCUUUCUAAAGUUUAAAUGCCAAAUUUCAGGGCACAAAUUUCCUUUUUAUUCUGUGUCCCAGAUUAUCACUUUGAAAUGGACUAAAAGUAAUGCCAAAUUUGUGAAAAGCACUAGCAGAACUGGGUGGUGGAGUGUGGAGGAAAUAUUCUGACAUACAAAAGAAGAGUUUCAAGCUGUUACUAGUGUAGAGAACUAUCAAAAGAAGGUAACUUGCAUAGUUCUUGUCAAGGUAUUGGUUCAUAAACACCAGCAUGGUUGUCCAUACCAGAUAUGCUUGGAUUUGGUAGUCUCUGUAGAAGCAGCUUUAGUCAUAAGAUCACAAGAACUGAAAGAAAAAUCAGUCUGACUGUGACAAAUCUGUCCUCAGCUGCAGCUGUUUGAGCUUUCUGUGAUCAAGGAACUCUCGCAAACAAGCCAACAGUUUGGAGCAGCUUCUGUAACCAGAGAAAAUAUGCUACUCAGUUUCCCAGAGUGGAAGAAUUACUUGAGAGAUCAAAUCUUUUAUAUACUCAUAGUUGUACUUAUUCUUCUCUCAUACAACUGAGUUGCUGGGAAUCUUCAAGGCCACACUGAACGAGGCUUGGGGUAAUCUGCCCCAUGGCAUGGGGCUGAAACAAGAUGAUCUUUGAGGUUCCUUCCUACCCAAACCAUUCUGUAACUCUAUGAUAAAUGAAGUAUUUGAUGAUGAGAUGGUCCUAAUAUUAUUGCCUCACACACCCUUUAUUGGUCUUUCUUCUUGUUCUUGACGAGACAAUCUAAUCGAAAGAAACAACUCACCAAGGUGACUUGUGACUUGUGCUGUUCAUGUGAAUGCUGGAGUGAAGCUCAUACUCUAGAUCAGUGCUGCCAAGAAUGAUACUGAUCUUGUACACAAUGGGAAGAAUGAUGCAGCAUGGAUAGAGGCCCACCAAACUGUGUCUUGUUCACUGUUCAUUAGAUAAGGUCAUGAUCAAAAGCUCUUUUUAAUCUGGGAAGAGAACCAGAAGGAAAGAAGAAUGCAGGAAAUGUUCAAUGGAGUGCCUAAUGCCAUAGUUGGCAUGUUUUUCCUGUGCAGGAGGAAGAACCUGCAGACCUGUAACAAAACUUUAGAUUGGACUUACUCUUGCUUAUAUUUAGGCUUCUGUGAUGUUCAUGGUUUGCAUGGCAAGGUUUUGGUAGCAGGGAGGCUACAGGAGUGGCUUCUUUGAGAAGCUGCUGGAAGCUUCCCCCAUGUCUGGCAGGGACAAUGCUAGCUGCCUCCAGGAUGCCACUGGCAAAGCCUGAGACCUUCAGCCAUGGUAGUAACACAUCUGCAAUAACAUAUUUAAGAAGGAAAAGUUAUUGGGCAGAAGCAAUUGUAGCCAGAGAAGUGAGGACUGAGAAUAUGUGAGAGAAACAGCUCUGCAGACACUGAAGUCAGCUAAUGAGGGGGAUGAGGUGUUUCAGGUACUGGAGCUGAGAUUUUCCUGCAGCCCAUAGUGAAGCAGAUUGUCCUGGAGUGCACAGAGGUCUACAGAAGGGGAGCAGAAUUCUACCUGCAGCCUGUGGAAGAGCCCCAUGUUGGAGCAGGUCCUGGAAGGACCUGUGGGCCUGUGGAGAGAAGAGCAGGACUCCUAGGAGGCCCACUCACAGUGGGCCCACUUUAGACCAGUUCCUGAAGGACUGACCCCAGAGAAGGACCCACACUGGAGCAGUUCCUGAAAGGCUGACCCCAGGGACGGCAGCUCACGCUGGAGCAGUUCGUGAAGAACCACAGCCCAUGAGAAGGGCCCAUAUUGGAGAAAUUAAUGGAGAACUGUCUCCUGUAGGAGGGAUCUCAUGCUACAGCAGGACACGGACUCCUCCUUCUGAGGGGGAAGCAGUGGCGUGAACUGACCCUUACCUCUAUUCUCAUCUUCUUGCACUUUUGGUGGGGAGGAGGGAGAGAAUCUGAAAUAAAGUUAAUCCUGGGAAGGAGAAAGGGAUAGGGGAAGGGUGUUCUAAAAGAUUCGUUUUACUUCUCAUUAUCCUACUCUGAUUUUGACUGUUAAUAAAUUCAAUUAAUUUCUCCCUUUUUUCCCAGUGAUGUCUUCCUGUCCUUAUCUCAGCUCAUGAGCUUUUUUGUAUUUUAUCCAGUUGAGGAGGGAAGUGAUUGAUACAGAGGCUUUGGUGGGUACCUGCCACCCAGCCAGGGUCCACUCACCACAGUAGUAUUCUGAACAGUGUCUGGGCUUUCACUGAAGGGAAGAUUUAGUAAAGGAGAUUUAGUGAGUACUGUCAUUGGAGCAUGAGAGUGAGAGAUGUUUCAAGUAGCCACCAACAGUAUUCUAGGCAGGCUCACGCUCCAGGCCCUACUGGCACGUGCAUGCCUGCAGCCUUAGAGCUUCUGUAAGCAAUCACCACCUGGUGGUUGAAGAACUGUCACAUGAAAAGGGAAGAUUUCCUUGACCCUUAGUAUUUAAUUUGUCUGUCAGUGCCCCAGGAAAGCUGAGACCCUUGUGCCUGACCAGUCUGACAGCAUAUUGUUACAGAGACCCUUUGCUGAGCAGUCCUACUGCAUUGGAGGGAAGUUUGACUGACAUUCAGGGAAACAGGCCAACAGCAUUAGGGAGGUGCC